AUGGACUGCGGCGGAGCUGUGGACAGCAGCGGUGAGUGUGAUGGAUUCUGCCGUGUUCCUGCCGGUGACAGGCUGGCAAUUGGAACCGAUGAUGAUCUUCCACCAUCAUAUCAGAACAGCAGAGGCAUGAAAGGCAGUGGACGCACCACUGGAAAUGGAAGAGAUACUAUUGGCGCUUCUCUGUAUACUAGAGUUCAACCUCAGACAGAUAUGGAAACACAAAUACAUCAGCUUGAGCAAGAAGCAUAUUGUUCAGUUCUUAGAGCGUUCAAGGCUCAAUCUGAUGCUAUAACAUGGGAAAAAGAAAGUCUCAUUACUGAGCUUAGGAAGGAGCUACAAGUAUCUGACAAGGAACACAGGGAGUUGCUAAACAGAGUUAAUAGUGAUGAUAUUAUCCAAAGAAUAAGGGAAUGGAGAGAGUCAACUGGUGGGCUUAAGAUGAAUUUGGUUAAUAAUUCUCAGCGUACACAUGACCUGAUGCCCAGCCCUACGACCUCUGCUCGCAAGAGGCAAAAGAUGUCUCAACCCAUUCCUUCUGCAUCUGUGCCUGCACCAUCUGCUAUGCAUUCACAGCCUUUAACUGCACCAAUGCAACCGUCAUCUUCAGGAGCAAAAAAGGCAGCUCCACCUGGCACAAAAGUGAAAAAGACCAAACCAGGCCAGAAGAUACCUGGUGGCCCUGCAGUCAAAUCUAUGCCAUCUUCUGCUGGUCCUGGUGGACGGGGACCUAUUAUCAAUAGAAAUAUGUCUGCUGGCCUUCCACCUGAAGGCCCACAAUUAAAUCCAUUAAUCGGUCGUAAAGUCAUGACUCGGUGGCCUGACGACAAUAGCUUUUAUGAAGCUGAAAUAACUGACUAUGAUCCAUCAAAGGAUGUCUAUGCACUGGUUUAUGACAUAAAUACAGCACAUGAGACAUGGGAAUGGGUUGAUUUCAAGGAGAUGGCACCUGAAGAUAUAAGAUGGGAAGGUGAGGAGCCUGAUUUAAACCUUCUAGGUCGUGGUGCUCCCGUCCAUGGUGUGAAGAAGUCAAUUAGUCGUGGUGGUCCCAUGUCAGGUGCCGGAAGAGACAGAGGCCCCCAAAAGAACUCAUUUAAGAAAGAUUAUCCAUCUUCACAAAACGGUAUUGGGAAGAAGGGUUCUGACUACAUAGAAAUUCUCCAUACAGAGACACUCAUAAAGGAGGUGGAGCGGGUUUUCAGUUCAGCCAACCCUGACCCCCUUGAGAUGGAGAGGGCUAAGAAAGUGCUAAAGGAGCAUGAACAAUCAUUAAUUGAUGCGAUUGCAAGGCUUGCUGAGGCAUCUGAUGACGAGGGUGAUGAUCGUGUACGAGUUUUGGAGUAUAACCGUGGAUGGAGGAACCAACACGGAGGAAGAUAUGGGGAUGAUAUGACCAUCGACGGCCUCAUGGCUGGAGAUGCAGAUGCCAUGUAA